GAAGAAGACCUUGGAGGGGGGGCGUUUCCCCAGCAUUGAGUAAAACUUGAUCAAAGCGUUUUAAUGAGUCAUUAUCAAUUUUGGCUGAGAUAUGUAUCUCGUUAUAACGUGAAACAGACAAAUUUUAUGGCAAAUUUCAUACUGGCAGCUAUACGAACCGAAACCGUACACUUUAUACUACCGUUUCCAGCACUGUCAAAACGAAAUUAUAAAAGUGAAAGUAUUUUGUUACAUAAAGCACGUACUGUUCUGAUAUUUCAGUUGGAGUCCAAGACCUAUUAAUGCAGAGUUUUGAACUCAAAUCAUGGAAGCCGGAUCAAGGAAGUCCGUGGAGGUGGCAGCCCUUGGAAGACCCUUCCAGUUGGGGAUGCUGUAUGAUUGUCGUGAUGAUUGUCUCAUUCCAGGAAUUACAAUGUGGGAUCUUGAAGACCUUAAAAAAGACUCAGAUGAAAAAAUUCAGCACAACACGGAAUUUGAUGUCAUUGCAUCUGAUUCUGUAGAGGAUAAGGCAAGGGCUUUGGAUGUUGAUGCUUCACUAAAAGCAAGUUUUGUAGGGGGACUGGUUGAGGUAGGUGGAUCUGCCAAAUAUCUUAAGGACAAAAAGACUUCGAAAAAACAGGCACGUGUCACCCUGACGUAUAAAACAACUACGAAGUUCAGACAGCUGUCUAUGAGUCACCUUGGACGGGGAAAUGUUAAACACCCAUAUGUGUUUGAGAAGGGAAUAGCGACACACGUGGUAACAGCAGUGCUGUAUGGUGCUCAGGCAUUUUUUGUUUUUGAUCGAGAAGUUUCAGAAAGUGAGGACCAGCAGAAGAUUGAGGGGAACCUGCAAGUGAUGAUAAAGAAAAUACCAUGCUUGUCAAUCGAAGGGGAGGUUGACUUAAAGCUGACAGACACUGACAAAGCUACUGUUGAAAAGUUUUAUUGUAAAUUCUAUGGGGACUUUGCUCUGAGACAGAACCCUGUUUCCUUCCAAGAUGCUGUAAAAGUAUACACAACACUUCCAGGUCUGCUGGGUGAAAAUGGGAAAAACGCUGUGCCAGUCAGGGUGUGGUUACUCCCCCUGGAAAUCUUAGAUUCUUCUGCUGCCAGAUUAGUGCGUCAGAUCAGUGUCAGAUUAAUAAAUGAAACACAGAGUGUGAUAGAUGACUUCAAUGAAAUAGAAAUGCAAUGCAAUGAUAUUGCAACCAGAAAGGCUACAGGUUCAGAUACAAGGCAGUGUGUCCAGCAGGUGUCAGUCUAA